AUGGCUACCAAAGUGCUGCUGCUAGUUCUGCUGCUGCUUAAUGCCCCUAAUGCACUUCUGGCCUCUUCGGGGUCGGACACGGUGGGACCUCCCAGUGCAGCAACAGCAGCAACAACAGCAGCAGCAGCAGCAGCAGCACAAACGACAGCACGCUUAGGCUUGCCGCUGCCGCCUCGGCGUCUAGACUACGCCGAAGAGCCCAGUAACAACAACAACGACGAAGCCAGCAACAGCAGCAACAGCAGCAGCAGCAGCAUCGGGGGCACCGAUGGUAGCCGGAGCAGCAGCAGCACGGACAACAAUGCGGACACACGUGGCAGCAGCGAAAAUGAUGAAGGCAGCAGCAGCAGCAACAGCAACAGCAGCAGCGGCAGCAGCAACGGCAGCAGCAGCAGCAGCUGGGAAGGCGAGGCUGGGGACAUCCUCAGCAGCAGCGAGAAAGAGGUGGUUAUGUCCGUGGGUUUGCUGCUGCUGCUGCUGGUCGUUGCUGCUGCUUUGUUUAUAUCUCUUGCUGCUAGGCGCAUGCAGCAGCUACUGCUGCAGGUCCCUUUGGUGGCUACACUCCUCGGCGUGCUGCUGGGGGCGCUGCUGCAGCAGCAGCAGCAGCACAGCAGCAGCAGCUUCAGAAGCAUUUUGGCUCUCAAGGAAGAAGUCUUCUUUGUGCUGCUGCUCCCUCCAAUUGUUUUCCAGGGUGGUUUGGAGCUGGUGCAGCGGCCCUUUGGCUGCGUCUUUGCGGAAAACUUCGGAGGCGUUUUGUGGCUCGCUGUGGGCGCCACAGUCUGCAGCACUUUGCUCAUUGGCACCCACAUGCUGGGCGCAGGUUUGCUGCUGCCAGGCGUGUCUUUCAGCCCCCGCCGGGCCUUCGCCGUGGGCGCUCUGAUCUCUUCAACAGAUCCUGUGGCGGUUUUGAGUGCCUUCAGAGACCUGCGGGCCAAAAUGCUCAUACACGUCCUCGUGUUUGGAGAAAGCCUGUUGAACGACGCAGUGACUCUGGUGAUGUACCGCGCAAUUGCUGACGGAGAAAGAGAAACAGGAUUUGCUGCUGCUGCUGCUGCUUUUCUCUGCACCUUCGCGGCCUCCACGGCCAUUGGGCUGCUCACCGGCGCUGCUGCUGCUCUUGUCUACAAGCACAUCGACUGGAACCGAGAAGAUGCCACUUUGGAAGUGGCGCUGCUGAUGCUUUUCCCCUGGUUGGCUUUUCUCAUCGCUGACGGCUGCGGCUUCAGCGGGAUUGUCUCCAUAUGCUUCUGUGGAGUGUCGAUGGGGAAAUAUGCUUUUAUGAAUCUCUCACAACGAGCGCAAGUUGCUGCGCGAUCGGUUUUUGGGUCGCUCGCGCUGCUGUCGGAAUGCCUCUCCUUUGUCUUUCUUGGCCUCGCCCCCUUUUCUUUCGAUUUGCUGCCACUCAAAGAAGCCUUUUUGUUUCUUACGGGCGGCGCUGCUGCAGUUGUAGCCGCACGGGCGCUGAGCGUGUACUUAACUUGCUUCCUGAUGAACUUCUUUAGAGGCCGCAAGCGGCUGUCUUUGAAGGAGCAGCACGCGGUGGCUCUCUGCGGGCUGAGGGGGACAGUCGCCUUUGCGCUGGCGGAAAGGGCUCAGCAUGACUUUGGGGGCCGAGAGGGACAGGCCAUCCUGACGUUCACUUUAGUGGUGUGUCUGUCGUCAGUGCUUCUGUUGACACCGGCGCUGUUGUUCGCACUGAGGCCUCUGGGGGUUUUCGCGGACGACUUUGAAGGUGACGGAGCUGCUGCUACUGGGGAGCUGCCGCUGCACAGCAGCAGCAGCAGCAGCAGCGGCUCAGCAGAGCUGACCAACCAGCAGCAGCAGCAGCAGCAGAGGAGCGUCUGGUGUAAAAACAACUGCUGCGAAUACCUGCGGCGACGGCUGCGUCUGCUGGAUCGGAACUACCUGACGCCCUUUUUCGCAAGUCCCUUGAGACCUCGUGGGCGGCCGGGAGAAGCAGCAGUUGAGCUGCAGCAGCUAACUGCAGAAGAAAAGCAGCAGCAGCAACAACAGCAGCAGCAGCAGCAAGAGCAGCAGCAGCAGCAGCAGCAGCAGCUGCUGCCGCUGCAGCGACGACGGGGCCAUGAGGUGUAUCUACAUCUUCCGCAAGCCACAGAAGCUGAGGGGCCUCUUGCUGCUGAAGAUUUGGCUAUCGGCGAGCCGCUGCAGCAGCAGAAGUCUCUGCCGCCGCGGCAGCAACAUGAAAAAGAGCAGCAGCAGCAGCAGCAGGAGCUGGAGCAGCAGCGCUCCGCUCCGUUAGAGCGAUUGGAAACGAAACAGCAGAUGUAG